AUGGCUGCCCCUGGGCUGUCCUGGCCCCUCCUAGCUCCCAAGGCUGCGGAGGACAGUGGAUGGGGCGGCCCUGAGGAAGCCCCGCACGACCACAGGACAGUCCUGGGCACCUCUUGCGAGUUGGAGCUGGCUCUAGAGUGCCGGUCGGACUCUGGUGCCCGGUUUGAUGUCUCUGCUGUUUAUCCCAACCAGAAGAAGUUAAGCACCUUCACAGAGGCCCCGUACUCCAGGCAUCAUUCUGUGGAACAGUCCCAUAUAGGACCUGGGACCUAUAACUCCAAGGAUACGUGCUUCAGCAAGAAGUUUCUGGAACAGAAAUUGGGCUCAGGCUGGGCUCGGGCCCAGGAAGCCACUCGACUAACCCAGCUACCCCACUUCCAGUACCAAAGUAUCAUGAAGGAAAGACAGCAGCAGGUGCACAAGCUGGGACCUGGCUCUUACAACUUCAAAGACUUCUUAACCCAAAUGCAGCAGAAACCACAGAGCAAGCGGGGGCUGCUCAGCUCUGGGGAGAUGCGCUUCAGAGGACUCAUUGGGAACUAUUAUCCAGGCCCUGGAAAUUAUGGGGAGAAGGGUAACCCAUACACACGGCUGGAGGAGAAUGCUUGGAACCGCUCACAUUCCGAGGGCCUUAUGUGUAGGAUGUCCAACAAGCCGCCACCCUUGUCUCACCAGGGCAGUGGCCUGGGACCUGGUACCUACACCAUCAAAAGUGGCAUCGAGAGCUUCGUGAACCGAUCCACUGGUACUCGUGGCCCCUACGACAUUUUCUCUGGUGAACGAAGCAAGCCUAUGCCCUACGGACAUUAUGCCAUGCAGAGAAAGAAGUCCAGGGAGUUGACAAAUUUCAAGAGCUUCGUGGAGGAACUCAACUCACGUCACAACAAGAAGCGUGGCGCUUUUUCGAAACUUCCCCGAGAACCGAAAUACCCCACAGAGAGAAUUUUUUGGACUACCCUUAGUCAGUACCCCAGAAAUAUGGAUAUAGCUGGCCCUGGUUCUUAUCUUCCUCAUGAGACGGAACAGAAACACGUCAACCGGCCGCCAUUCCUCCUGGCCUCCAAGCGGUCAGGCAAUAAGGCCCACCAGAUGAUUUUGGGGAGCUGGAACCCAGUUGGGGUAGGCCGCUACCUCAACACCACACUGAUGGAGACCAAAGACACAAGGCAGCGAUACCGCUCUCUGUUCCUGAGUGGACCCAAGCGCUAUCCGCUAGACCCAACCCGAGACAGACUCUUGCAGGAACGGAUCACACCUUUUACGAAGGGCAAGUGCCCUCCAACUGUGGAUUACAAUUCGGAUCCUACUCCUUAAAGCCACAGAAGAAGGACAGCCUGAUGUGACCAGAGGGCCCAAGGCCAGAAGAGAAAUCUUGGGAUGGGCGGAUGGAAAACGAAGCAGGGGUCUUGAAGAGAGGGGAGAGACCAGGAGAGCCAUCUUUGCCGCAGCCCUGUGGCCAAAAGUCACUAUGUCUGCUGGGACAGCGGGGGAAUGGGGAGGGAUAAUCUUGUUACAAGAGAUGCAUUGUCCUAAGUAUUCCUUCAGCUGGUGACAUGAAUUUGGGGGCCAGGCUGCAGGUGGGUAGAAAAGGGGAACGUGGGUGACUCCCUGGAAACCCUUCCGCUGUGAACAGAGCGUGUACCAGGCUCA